AUGGAUAUGCCACAAGUGUUCCAAAAUGUUCAAUUGAACGAGGUAGUCAAGAAGAUCCCUGUUCGAGAAGGAAGUGAUGGCCGUUCGUACAUCCUGCUGGAGGAUAUCCGGGACGCAUUCUUCCACUUUGGAGACAAAUUGUUCCCCACAAGGAUUGCAUCCUAUCCUGGAGAGUUACUGGAUGUCGUUCCUGACCAUCAAGUGGCAAGCCAGGAGCUGGGUGCUCCCUUACCCUUCCAGACCGGGACUGACCAGCAAUCACUCCGCCUUCGGGGCGGCGAACCAUUAUUUGUCGGCUUGAAUGAGCAGAGCGAGGAAACCAGCCAGUCUGGCAAGGCUAUCAUAAAUGCACUGAAUAAUCUUCAAUCACAGCUCGAUAAACUCCAGCAGAGCGUGCAGAUGUCCGAUGCCAAACUUUCAGAAUUGGUCAUGCUCGAGAAAAACAACACGGGGCUCCAGCGCCAGAUCCUAAGCAAGAUGGACAUCUUGCUAGCAAAGACGGAGGCGGUUUUGGCGCAGACCUUCGAGCUGCAUGAGUACACGCUGCCUCGGCUCUUUAUCGUCCUUCCCGAGGUCGCCUACCAGGGGCUCAAUCCCUCCUUGAUCAUCAGCCGAUACGCAAACGUCAAGUUCCGGCUCUACUUCCUCUGCGAGUGUGGUACCCACACAACCCCGUCUGGACCCCACAAUUUGAACCAUAUCCAUAUCGCAAGACAUGAAGGAUACGAGAUCACGCGUCCCAAGGAGUUCUUUCGCAAGUACGGUCCCCAUAUCUUGCGUCUCCUCCAUGCGCUCAAGCUAGGCAUUAAACUAGCGAGUGGAGCCAUCCCAGCGCUGUCCACCAUAAGCGCCGUGGAUCUACCGGACCAUCUCACUGAUAACCUGGAACAAAAGGUCGCGGUCUCUAUCCAAUACUUGACCGCCUAUCAGCGCACGCUCGACUAUAAUGUGCCAGGUAUGGACAAUGGCGGUAGCCUCGCAAGCGACGACAACACUCGACAAUUGACAAAGAUGGACAGUAUCAAGUCUAUGCAUGAUCAUUUGGACGAUGUUGUACAGAUCGAAGGCGCGGAUCUCCGGCGGUUGGCAUCGUUCCUGGAAAGGAAGGAUCAGGAUCGUGCUCUCGGUAAUUUGUUCAGGACAGUGGACGGGAACGGCCAUGUUAAAUGGAUCUGCCUGGACCAUUACCGCUCCACUUACCACCAGAGACAAGACCACGCGUUCGAGAACGAGAUCGUGCUGAACAGAGGCGACUUCGACAAGCGGUUCGGCAUCGUCACAGUGGUUUUGUCCUCCAGCGAAUCUAUCGGUUCGUUCAUGGCUGCCAUGUCUCGAGCCGGCGCCUUCAACGAGCUCGAUGUACACCUGCGUCACUAUGUGUUCCAGGACCUCAGAACCCUAGGUGACUCGCUUAACAAGACCAAUGUCGCGAAGCUGACGCUGACAUGCCACGAGUACAGGGAGGUUGCGUCCAUGGGCAAGAGAAAGCUGCCUGCUGUCCUCAAGAUUAUGGUCUCCGGCAAGGUUCGUUACUUCCACUUCAAGCACAUCAAGGAUCUGAUUCCAGGCCGCGGAGUAAACAUCCCAAAAGAAUUACCCAUGGUGCGCUCUUUGGAACUGACGGGUAUCUCUCUGAAGGAAGGCCAUGAAGUGCUGGAAGCCAUCCUACAUGCCUGCAAGAAUCUGGCCGUCUUCCGUUUGAAGGAUGUCUCUCUCAAGUUGAAUCGUCUAGUUUCGAUCACGAACGGACUUUCGGACUGCUGGAACCUCAAUACGCUGGCAAUCCAUAACUGCAGGAUCCCGAGCGACGGCGUUGAAUAUAUUGCAGCACUGCUCAGGAAACUGGAGUUCAUUCGCGAGCUCGACCUUGGCGAAAACUUGAUCGAAGACUUGGGCUGUUGUGAGAUCAUCGAGGCCGCGGGAGACAAGCUGCAGAAACUGUCCCUUCCUUACGCCGGCUUUGGUGAUGAAGCAGCCAUGGCAUUGGAACGAGUCGUGAGUGGGAAGCAAUUGAGGUGUCUAGAUGUCUCCGACUCCAAGGAUGAGCUGGGACUGGACGCUACCGAAAGCAUCAUCCGGUUAAUGCGUCGCUUGCAUUGUAUCGAACUAGUGUUUCCGAGGAUUCAGGAGCCAUCUGACGAGUUGUGUGCAAGAAUGGUCCGUGAACUGGAUCUCAGCAAGCUGGAGUCUCUCGUAAUUAUGGGUAGCGGCUGCGGAGACCAAACUGCCGAGACAUUGGCCAGAGUCAUCUCUAAUCCAGCCUAUCCACCCCCUACACUCACAAAGCUCAAGAUCGAAUUGCCCAGAGGUACGCUAGCAGGAGCACAGGCGCUAGGAGCUGCAUUACGAGCCGACUUUCAGAUCGCCAUGGUUUCUUUUAGCGGUUCGCUGUUGUUCCAGCAAGGCGUAUCGAACCCGAUGCUGCUCAAGGAUCUAUUCACGAGUGCAUGCUCCCGACUGACCAUCCUGAAGCUGAAGGAUACCGGCAUGAGUGAUGAGGUGGCCUCGCUCCUUUGCGAGGCCCUGAAGGCGUCAGACCCAGUCUGUAGAUUAGAAUACCUGGAUCUCGCCGAGAACAAGUUGACGCCGACUGGCGGUGCAAUGGUCCUCGACAGCCUGCAGCAACAUCCCACUUUGCGAACGUUGCGGAUGGAGAGUCACUCCUUUGGCAAACUCGGGUCUAUGGGUAUGGCUGUACAAGGAUUCUUGGAGACGAAUCGGACCCUAUGUCGUCUCUCGAUAUCGCACGUCAAUCUCCGAGAGCUAACCUUGGGACUAUCCGGAAAUGCAAACACACUCAGGGCGAUCGAGGUCCAGUAUGUGGACGGAAAAGUCGAUGAUAUUUUUACGUUCGGCGAUUUUCUCCAGUCCAGCCAGAAUACAUUACUACGUCUUGUUAUCAAGCACGCGCGUGUCUGUGAUGACGACCGAUCGCUCGAGUACCUCAGCCAACGCCUAAAGCAGAACUAUACUCUCGUGGACCUUGAGUGGAGCUACGAUCAAGGCUAUGAAGGCGACAGUUACAUUCUGCAGCGCCAUCUCGAUAGAAAUCGCGAGGCCUGGCGCAAAAACGUUGGUGCGAAAGCACAGGAUCUGAUUUCGGCAGGAAUGGAUCCAUGGACCACGCGUGCUAUCUGUCGAGGUGCCGAGUAA